CCCGAGUCGCCAGGCGACGGCUCAGACGGCUGGUUGUUUGAUCGCUAUACGAACUCGCGCUAAAAACUAUAAACAAUUUAGUUUUGCAAACUUUAGCGCAAUUUCCGAACGCGCGUUCUACAUUUGAAUCUCAUUUUCGCGGUCACCGGUGACAUUCGGCCGUGUGUCAAAUUUUGUAAACGUUUAUGGUUAUAGUUUUGGAAAAUCGCGCGUAUUUAUUUACUUAUUUUGAAGGACUGUUUACAAUUAUUUGUGACUUUUGAGUGGUGAUUUUAAUUGGUUGUUUAUUUUGUGUGCUGUAGUCUACGAAAAUGGAGAAAGGCGGGUCGAAAUUAAUGCAGAUGCAGGCGCGGUUCCAACAAAAGCAGAUGCAGGAGCGAGAGCUGAAGAUAGCGUCACUGUACGAAGCGCAGCAGGCGCGAGCACUAACACGCGUACGGCACUCGCCCAGCGAUAGUCUCGUGCACCGAUCGCCGAGCGAGAGUCUGUCCAGCCCACCACAGCCAUCCGUAACACAUCAGCCCGGCAAGGUCCGUCAAAUGUUCGAGGAGCGACGAACCAAAGGCAUCGACAAGAGCUACCCGCUCCAACCAAUUCAGAACACAGAGCGCUCGCGCAAACCCCUGCCCAACGGGUUCGCCAAAGUGUCCAGUACCAGGGCUCAGAACGUUCAGAACGGGACGGAGCGGACGGAGCGGAAGGAGCACAGGCAGAAUGGGACGAGGACGACCAAUCGGGGGACAGAGAAGAAGAGUAUGGCGCAUACAAGUAUCAGCUCGCAAAGUAUUAAAAAACACCAUGUUAAAACUGAAGAGAUCGUAAACAGAUCAGGGGACCUGAACCACAACCACCAGCCAGACCUUAAUGCUGUGAAGGAGGCUCUGAUAAGCAAUGGGCUGGUCCACGAAGUGGACGAGUUAGACGGGGGCGCCAACAUGUUGGAGGACGAGACAUUUCCCGAGGCGCUGGCCCCGGUCACCCCGCGCGACGAGCCGCCCGCCCGGCCUCCUAGGAGGAGUCCGAUGACAAAAACAACCCCCUCCGCCACCACCACCAAACCAAAACCGGCUGCCGCACCCGCCGCUCCCCCCAGAAGAACCCCCAGUGGAAAUGCAUCGGAGAGCAAGACCCAGGGCACCAUGGCAAGCAGAGGUCCGAAACCUGUAGGAAGUAGUACGAUAAGAAGUACACCGGGGAGUUCAUCGCAAGUAAAACGCGUGUCAGCGGCGCCGACGUCCACGGGCGCCGGCGUGCCGUGCAGCGUGUGCGGCCGGCGCUUCGCCGAGGAUCGCCUCGCCAAGCACGAGGCCAUCUGCCGCAAGGCGCAAAGCAAGAAGAGAAAACCUUUUGACGCACUUAAGCAUAGACUCGCGGGCACGGAAGCGGAGCCGUUCAUAAGCAAGCUGCGCAAGAGCAAAACUGCGAGCAACGCUGCGCCCGCCAAGGCCAAGCCGUUAAACAGCAGCUGGAGACAGAAGCAUGAGGAGUUCAUCCAGGCCAUCCGAGCUGCGAAGCAGGUGCAACAACAUCUAGCUGCUGGAGGCAAACUAAGCGAUCUCCCGCCACCCCCGCCGUCAGAGAACCCCGACUACGUGCAGUGCCCGCACUGCAGCCGCCGCUUCAACCAGUCGGCGGCCGAACGCCACAUCCCCAAGUGCGCCUCCUUUCAGUUCAACAAGCCCAAGCCCGGCCAGGCCAAGCCCAGCAACUCCAAACGGCGGUAACACAGUCGGGGAACUUAGGAUACUGCUAUGAAACUUAUAGGCGGUUAUUUCAAACCGCGUGUUUAUAAACUAUAGUAAACCUUCUAACUUUGGAUAAACGAGAUCAACGAGUCCAAAACAGGACAAACCCUAACAAGUUUAAAAGCCGAUAACACGCCUACUUGACUUUGAAAAUACUCACAAACGUUACUGACGUACACUACCUACUUCUUAGACAUUUUUUGUCGCAAAAUUCUAACAAAGAAUUAACAACAAAUAAUUGAUUUGUAUUUUUAGCUUGCUAGUUCCUAAAGGACAUUCGAUCUCAAGCACAAUGUCACCUAUUCCAAAAAAAUAACGAUGAAUUAACGAAUUAUUUUUUUAUUUUGCAAUAUUUAUACUCCAGUAUUGGAUUAAAACCAGUUUUCUUCACUUUUUAUAAUUAAUUCAGGAGUUCAGGACAAAUAUGUGUUAAGAUCACUGCAGGUACCUACGACACAAAGAAAAUACAACUUAUUAAACAUACCUUUUAAAGGCUGGGUUUCCGUAAAGGUCUAACAUGUCUUUAUAAAACCGGGCAUGAAAACUUUUAAAAUAUUAGAGACCAAUUUAGAUAUUUUAAAUUCCUAAUUAUUAUUAAAUUUUGCCAUACGAAUAUUGGGACCUAAUAUUUAAGAGGAAUUUUGGAAAUCUCGACGAUUAUUUUUAGCUAUUAGUGAGAUUUUUUAUAAUAAAUGUUUUUUGGCCUUGAUACAGUCCGUGAUGUGAUGUGACCAAAUGUAAUUGUUUGAAAUGUGUUACAUACUAUGUUGUGCAGACUGUACGUGAAAAUUAUGCUUUUAUGUUAACAUGCUGUUAUAGACCUAUUAAAGUAUACUUUAUUAA